AUGGUGGUGCCCGGCCCGGUGUCCCGGCGGGCGGCGGCGGCCACCAUGCUCCUGCGCACAUCUCGGGUCCCACGCGAGUGCUGGUUCUUGCCCACCGCGCUGCUCUGUGCCUACGGCUUCUUCGCCAGCCUCAGGCCGUCCGAACCCUUCCUGACCCCUUACCUGCUGGGGCCGGACAAGAACCUGACGGAGAGGGAGGUCUUCAAUGAAAUAUAUCCAGUAUGGACUUACUCUUACCUGGUGCUGCUGUUUCCUGUGUUCCUUGCCACAGACUACCUCCGCUAUAAGCCUGUCGUUCUGCUCCAGGGACUCAGCCUUAUUGUUACGUGGUUCAUGCUGCUCUAUGCCCAGGGACUGCUGGCCAUUCAGUUCUUGGAAUUCUUCUAUGGCAUCGCCACUGCCACUGAAAUUGCCUACUACUCCUACAUCUACAGUGUGGUAGACCUGAACAUGUACCAGAAAGUCACAAGCUACUGUCGAAGUGCCACCUUGGUGGGCUUCACGGUGGGCUCUGUCCUGGGGCAGAUCCUUGUCUCAGUGGCAUCCUGGUCCCUGUUCAGCCUGAAUGUCAUCUCUCUCACCUGUGUUUCUGUGGCCUUCGCUGUGGCCUGGUUUCUGCCUAUGCCACAGAAGAGCCUUUUCUUUCACCACGUUCCUCCCUCCUGCCAGGGGACAAAUGGCAUCAAGGUACACAAUGGUGGCGUUGCUACUGACACCGCAGCUUCUAACCACCUUCCACAGUGUGAGGACGUUGAAUCAAAAAUCCCUCUAAAUCCGGAGGAGCCACCAGUGGAGGAACAGGAAUCCAAGCCAGAGCGUCUCCUUGUGCUGAAGGUCCUGUGGAACGAUUUCCUGGGGUGCUACUCCUCUCGCCCUCUGCUCUGCUGGUCUGUGUGGUGGGCCCUCUCCACCUGCGGCUAUUUUCAAGUCAUUAACUACGCACAGGGCCUGUGGGAGCAGGUGAUGCCUUCCCGCCAUGCUGCUGUCUAUAACGGCGGUGUGGAGGCCGUUUCAACCUUACUGGGUGCUGUUGCAGUGUUUGCAGUCGGUUACAUAAAAAUAUCCUGGUCCACUUGGGGAGAACUGACGUUGUCUCUCUUUUCUCUCCUGAUUGCUGCUGCAGUGUAUAUCAUGGACACUGUGGGUAACAUUUGGGUGUGCUACGCAUCCUACGUUGUCUUCAGAAUCAUCUACAUGUUACUCAUCACAAUAGCAACUUUUCAGAUUGCUGCAAACCUCAGCAUGGAGCGCUAUGCCCUAGUGUUUGGUGUAAAUACUUUCAUUGCCCUAGCACUGCAGACUCUGCUCACUCUAAUUGUGGUAGAUGCCAGUGGCCUUGGCUUGGAAAUUACCACUCAGUUCUUCAUCUACGCUGGUUACUUUGCACUCAUCGCUGUGGUUUUCCUGGCUAAUGGUACGGUCAGUAUUAUGAAGAAAUAUAGAAAGCAAGAAGAUCCAGAAUCAAGUUCUCAAGUGAUCCCCUCAUAACAUACUGCAAGUGAGCUUCAUAUUGCAAGAAUUCUGCACAACGGCUGUAACCGGCUGUAUUUAAUUUUUUUAAGUGUAGACACAUAUUUAUGAGUAUGCAUUUCAUGGCUUCAAAGCAGCCAGUUGACUAUACCUUGUCU